AUGUUCGAAGUACGUAGCGUUAUCGUCCAUCUCGAAGAACAAGGAUAUCUGGUACAGCUUCGACACAUUGCCUCUCAGGAGAAUCCAGCAGAUUGCGCUACCAGAGGCGUAGAUAAAUCACAGUUCCAUGACCAUUUAUGGUGGAAGGGGCCUCGAGUUCUAGCACAGCCCGUGGAGGAUUGGGAGAGUGCGUAUAGACCUAUAACACUCAAACACAUGGAUAAUGGUGGAACAGAUUUGCGAGACUCGGACAACUAUAGUGUGGAAUGCACCAGAGUCGUCGUUCAGUCAAAAACAGCAUGUGCGGAUAUCUUCCAUGAGAUCCGGAAGUCGGAUUUUCGUAGCAUCCAAAGAGUCGUAGCAUUCGCUCUGUGCUUCAUUCAGAAGUUAGUUACGCGUGCUAACAGGAGACGGACCUUACCUAUGAGACUUUCUCCGCGGUUUAACGAAUCAAACUCAGUAGAGUCUCAUGUUCUGAGUGGAAUGGAGACAACAUCGUCGUGCAAAGCCAUAGUGAAGCAACACCAUCUUGCAUGGAUAAACUCUACGACAUUAGCAGCACUUCGUAAUCUCAAUCCUUAUGCGGAUCACCAAGGAAUUCUUCGCUGCAAAGAACAUUCUAGAAAGCACAUUGGAUGA